GAGAGAGAAAAGGGUUAGAGCGUUAGCAAAAGAAGCCAAACCCAAAAGCUAACUGUUUCCUCCUCCCAACACCUCCAUCUCCAUCACCACCUCAGCUCCCUGAUCAUUGUCCACUAAACCCAAUAUUCAUAUUCCUCUUCCAACCAUUUUAUUCUUUCUCAAUUCUUAUAAUUUCCAAUAAAUUUUCAAUCUUUUUUCGUUUUUGUUAUUUUUGUUCAAUUACGCUCUAAAUUCUCAAAGCUCUAAUAAACCCUCAUUUUCAGAGGGACAACUACAUACACAGAGAGCACAAGAGCAACAAAUAAAGUUUCAUUUUUUCAUUUAAUUCUUAUAAAUUUUCAAUCUUUUUUAUUGUAUUUGCUGUUUUUAAUUUUUUUUUUUUUUAUAUAAAUCUCUGUGGUGGGUUUUGAUUCUAUGGCUGCGGUUGCUGAGAUUUCCGGGGAGGCAGCCUCUGCCAAAAACUCCAACUUGGAUUCAAUGUCAAAACCCAUGCCUGAAUCCAAAUCAGAAUUCGAUGUGCAGAAGCUGGUGGAUAUGUUCACCAAGCUCAACCCUUUAGCCAAAGAGUUCUUCCCUUCGUCUUAUUCUCCCCAGCACCAUUCUACUUUUGAAAACUCUUUGGCUGUCAAUAACAAUAAGCUCUCAGCCAAUGGUAAUCAGGCCAACAGUCGAAGGAGAACAAAUAACUUUAAUCAGGGGAAGAGAAGACUUAGUGGGAGAGCUUACAGAGCUGAGCGAGAAAAUAGUAUUAGGCGAACAGUAUAUGUUUCUGAUAUUGAUCAGCAAGUUACCGAAGAGCGUCUUGCUGCCAUAUUUAGUAGUUGCGGACAAGUUGUUGACUGCCGAAUUUGUGGUGAUCCGCAUUCAGUGCUCCGUUUUGCAUUUGUGGAGUUUGCUGAUGAGUAUGGUGCGAGAGCAGCUUUGAGCCUCGGUGGGACAAUGCUAGGGUACUACCCUGUUAGGGUCUUACCCUCAAAAACUGCCAUCCUUCCUGUGAAUCCUACAUUCCUCCCCAGGUCAGAAGAUGAACGGGAAAUGUGUAGCAGGACUGUAUAUUGUACAAAUAUCGAUAAGAAGGUUGCUCAAGCUGAUGUCAAGAAUUUCUUUGAAACAGCUUGCGGUGAGGUUACUCGUUUGAGGCUUUUGGGGGAUCAUGUGCAUUCAACUCGUAUAGCUUUUGUUGAAUUUGCAAUGGCAGAAAGUGCUAUACUUGCGCUGAAUUGCAGCGGAAUGUUGUUGGGAACACAACCCAUCAGGGUAAGUCCUUCAAAGACACCUGUGAGGCCACGCGUUACUCGUCCAUUGCAUUAACCAAUACCACAGGAAAAGAUCCGUGGAUGGAGCUUGGAGGGCUUGACAAGUCUUGAGGAACUUUGUUGUUUUAAUCAUCUAUUCCUUUCAGUAUUUCCAUCUUUUCCGUCGCAGUUUACCCUGCUUCAGUUCAAGUUUUAAAAGAUGGUUUGGAUCUUGGCAAUCGUACGCUUAACCUCGUUCAUUUUAAAGUUCAAGUUCAGUUCGGUUCGGUUAUGAUCGAGCGUAUGCCCUUUCUCACUCUGUGCAGGCACUCUGAAAGCUUAAAUACCAAUUUGUAUUUUCUGAAUAAAUGGUGCAGUGUUCCAGUUUA